AUGUCUGUCGAUGCGGCCGUCGUCAAGAACGAGGAUAGGUAUAUCCCCACAAUCGAUCUGCGGGACUACUUCGAUGCCUACUCGGAAGAAAAGCGAGCAAAGGUCAUUGAGCAAGUGCGGACAGCAUGCCUGGAACAUGGAUUCUUUCAAGUUGAAGGCCAUGGUGUGCCGGUAGAGAGCCAGCGGCGAAUGUUCGCAGCCUGCAAGGCACUAUUCGACCUCCCGUUGGAGAAGAAGAGGCGGAUUUCUCUUUACAAAUACUCCUGGCGACGCGGCUACGAGGGACCAGGGGAGCAGCAAGCCAACGACCCACACCAUGGUGACUUCGAGCGCGAUGCUAAAGAGGGCUUCUUUGUGGGGAAGGAACUUCCCCUCGACCAGGUGGACUUUGGCAAAGGCCCCAACGUGUGGCCGCCCGAUCUUGCAGAGAACGAUUUCCGCCGGCCGGUAAUGGAAUACUAUGAACAUGCACGCAAGGUCGGGUUCAAAGUGAUGGAGCUUCUUGCUGUCAGCCUGGGCCACCCGCCGUCGAUUCUGAAGGACUUUACCACGGACGCUGCAAUGUUUCUGAAGCUGCUUCGCUACCCGGCACACACAUGGACCGAUACACGCAAGUUUGGCUCUGGCCAACACACGGAUUAUGGCGGCCUUACUAUCCUGCUCCAAGACCCCGGUCAAGAUGGCCUUGAGGUGUGGCACGAGGCCACCCAGCAGUGGGUGGAGCUUCCUGCUCUGGAAGAUAAAUUUGUCAUUAAUUUGGGUGACAUGGUCCAGAGAUGGACGGGUGGGGAAUACAAGAGUACACUGCAUAGAGUCAUUAACAAGACCGGUGGCGAGAGAUAUGCUGUGCCGGCGUUCUGGCACGGAGACUUGGAUGCAAAGAAUCCCUUGGAUCCGAACGACACGAGCGAUGAGACUGUUUUGCAAUUCAUCAAGAAGAAAUUCUAUAAGGGGGCAACUCCAUCGACCACUGGGCGACUGCGGAAACUGAGCAGCUCGAUCGAGCAGAUUUGCGAAAUAGAAGGCGUCCCAGGCGUUUCUGUUGGGGUCCUUGACCAUGGAGAAACUUUGUGGACCGAAAGCUUCGGUUUCCGCAACAAAUCCAAAACAGCACACCCAGACGUAAACACCCAAUACAGCAUCGGGCACAUCACCAUGUCAAUGGUAGCUGCUGGUGUUGGGAAACUUGUGAACGAUGGAAAGCUUCAGUGGACAACGCUCUUGAGAGAAAUAAUACCUGAGAUUGAUCACACUGGUGUCUACUGGACCCACACAGCCACAAUAGCUGAUAUUCUAGCUCAUCGCUGCGGGUUGGAUGGAGAAAUUGUAACUUUACUAGCCGACGGUGGAAAUGGCGGCACACAACCAUGUCUCGAAGAGUUCUUGAAAGCUAUCGAUCGCAUUCCUCACCCACUUCCGCACCGUGAGAGCUGGCGGAUGGGUCCAUGGGGAUACACAAUCGCUGCGCACAUAAUCGAGCAUAUAUCUGGGCAGUCACUUCACGAAUAUCUUCACAAUCAAGUAUUCCAGCCGCUUGGGAUGACUUCUACCACUUUGCGACCAUCGUUUGAAGGGAGCAACAAUAUCGCUGAACCACAUGCUUCACUUAGCAACGGGGAGGCUUGUCCAUUAGAAUUUCAACCCAAUUUUGCGAAUACAUCAUUCGAAGGUUCACGUGGAGCUUAUUCGACCGUGAGUGAUCUUCUCAUAUGGGCCAAAGAAACAUUGGCUGCGAGCCAGAAUACCGCGGCAUCCAACAACACAGUCUUGAAACAAAUUCCGCAUAUAAUUAGCAACCAUAUCGCAAUGAAGAAUCCAUCAUUAUUGGAACGAUCGUACGGAUUUGGCUGGGCGAGAGCACAGCUUCCUGGAAUUGUGGGCCUGCUCGGUGGAAACUCAGGACUUUGGGAAAUGUCUGAGCAACCUGUGUUCGGGGCUGGAAACCAGUCUAGGCUCAUGAUUUAUCACCAAGGCGGAGGACCGGGAUACUCUUCAUUCGUUGCUAUCUUUCCUGAGUCACAGUCAGCUGUUAUAGUCCUCAUGAACACCACUGCGAUGAGCGAUGCUGCUGACUGGAUUGCCCGACUCCUGAUCGAGGGCCUCUUCGACUUCACUAACCCCACCGAUUAUGUGAGACUUGCAGAAGAAGCUAAAAGACGAACACUUGAACAAUUUGCUACACUACAUAAUAGGUUGGCUGAGGAGCGAAUUCAAGGAGCACCGCCGUUGCCCCUUCAAUGCUACGUCGGCAAGUAUGACAAUAAGGACUAUAAGUACAGGCUAGAAAUCACCGUCAGUCCAGACUCAGAAAGCGACCUUAUGAUUUCCUUCCGAGGUCUAGACUCACAGCCCUACCCACUCCGGCACUACCACGACCACGUCUUUGAGUGGAGUAUGAGCUUCGAUGAAGUCAGGAAGAGUGGGAGAUAUGAUAUCACAGAUCCUUCAUACUAUAAAAUUCGCUUCGAAAUCUACCCCGACAAUCGAGCGUCUCGCAUAAUUUGGAAUAUUAACGACGCAUCGGUUCCAGGCGGACUGACCUUCGAGUGGAAAGAUGAACGUCUUGCGGAAGCAUGGCGUGCAGUACAUGCCGGUAUGAAUGACUUCGUUUCAAACACGAUGCGUGGGAUUCGCUAUUGA